AUGAGAAGUCUACGAAACAAUAUUAAUAUAAUGGUUGAACAAGUUCAUGAUGAUGGUAAUAUUAAUAAUGAACAAAAUUUUAACAAAAAAAUAACUAUUAUCGAUACUGCAAGUGAUCUACCUGAACUUGAUUAUCAUAAACAUAAAUUUUAUUUAAUUUCAUUUGAUGAUCAAACAACAGCCACGUCAAGUUGUUCAUCAAUGAAUGAUCAAAAUAAAUCAUUUGAAUCAGCAUCAUUUCAUACUAUUCAAUCGUACAAUGAUGAAAGUCAAGAACAACAACAACAACAACAACAACAUGGAUUUUUAUCUACCUUAAAACGAUUACAUUGUUUAACGUUAAAACGAAAAACUAAUCGUCGUAAAUCAAACAGUUAUAGAACAUUUUCAACGUUAAAUAAAUUUUUUAAAAGACAAACACAAACAGUACCGCAAUGUUAUGAUUUUAGAAAAUCACAUUCUAGUCCAGAAUUUAAUUCAUUUUCAACUAAUAAUAAAACAUUGAAAAAAAUAUCCAGUUUAACUACAUUUAAAUCGACUAUAACCGAUGAUCAACAUCAUAUGUCCGAUAAAACAGUCAGCGAAGAUAAUAACACUAAUACAUUAUCAUCAGUUGAAUUACUUAAUAGAAAUAAUGAACAUCAACAGCAAACUCCAAAUGAGAAUUGUAAACUAUCUGAUUCAUUCUCAAUAUCUCAUACACGUGAUGAGUCCUCAACUGUCGAACAUGAAAUUGAAAUUACCAAUGUCACGAAGGAAGGAUGUGAUAAAGGUCAUCGAGAUCAAUUUGAUUUUCUUAUGGUACUUGGUGCUGGUUCAUUUGGAAAAGUAUUUUUGGUACGAAAAAAUAUUGGACCCGAUCAGGGUAAUUUGUAUGCAAUGAAAGUAUUAAAAAAAGCCAGUCUUAAAGUUCGUGAUCGUCAAAGAACAAAAAUGGAACGUGAUAUUCUAGCUCAAAUCAAUCAUCCAUUUAUAGUUAAAUUACAUUAUGCAUUUCAAACGGAAGGAAAAGUAUAUCUAGUGUUAGAUUUUUUACGUGGUGGUGAUUUAUUUACUCGUUUAUCUAAAGAAGUAAUGUUUACCGAACGUGAUGUACAGUUUUAUCUCGCCGAAUUAGCAAUGGCCUUAGAUCAUUUACAUUGUUUAGGUAUUAUUUAUAGAGAUUUAAAACCGGAAAAUAUAUUACUCGACAGCGAAGGUCAUAUUGCUUUAACAGAUUUUGGUCUUAGUAAAGAAUCAAUUCAUUCCGAAGAAGCAAAAACCUAUUCAUUUUGUGGAACAGUAGAAUAUAUGGGACCAGAAGUUGUAAGCAGAAAAGGACAUUCACAUGUAGCCGAUUGGUGGAGUUUCGGUGUAUUAGCUUUUGAAAUGUUAACUGGUCAUCUUCCAUUUCAUGGAUCAAAUCGAAAAGAUACAAUGAAUUUAAUACUAAAAGCAAAAUUAGCCAUGCCUCAAUAUCUUAGUCCUGAAGCUCAAAGUUUACUAAGAUCACUAUUUAAACGAAAUCCUGUUAAUCGUCUUGGUGCUGGAGCUGAUGGUUUUGAAAAUAUUAAAAAACAUCCAUUUUUUGAAUCAAUUGAUUGGUCUGAAUUAUUUAAAAAACGAAUUGAACCACCAUUUAUUCCACCAACUCAUAGUGAUUUUGCCCAUCAUUUUGAUAAAGAAUUCACAUGUAAAACACCUACAGAUUCACCGGGCAUUCCACCAUCGGCUGAUGCUCAUGGUUUAUUUGCAGGCUUUAGUUAUAUCGCUCCAGAAUUAACUGAACAACGAGUUAAUGAUCCACUCUACGUUGAUGAAGUAGAAAAACGAUUAAGAAAUAUAGCGGGAAUAAAACUACAACUAUUUUCUCAAGAUUUCGAUUUAAAAGAACAAAUUGGUCAAGGACAAUUUGCCAUAUGUCAUCGUUGUAUAAGUCGUCUAACAAACGUUGAAUACGCUGUUAAAAUAAUUUCCGAUUAUUCAUUAAAUGAUCCAACUGAUGAAAUUCAAAUAUUAUUGAAUUCUGCAAACUCACCAAAUAUAAUUAGGGUUCGAGACGUUUAUUUUAAUUCACCAAAAGUAUAUAUCGUUACGGAUUUAAUGCGUGGCGGUGAACUAAUGGAUAAAAUAUUCCAAGAAAAAUCACUAUCAGAAAAAGAAAGUGCAGGAAUUAUGUUUACUAUUGUUAAAACUAUCGAAAGUUUACAUCGUAAUUCAAUUGUUCAUCGUGAUUUACAACCAAGAAAUAUUAUGUAUAGUGAUCAAUCAAGACAUCCAACAACGCUAAAAAUUGUUGAUUUUGGCUUUGCUAAACAACUUCGUGCAGAAAAUGGUCUGCUGAUGACACCAUGCUUUACAAAAGAAUUUGCUGCACCAGAAGUAUUGCAACGAAAAAAAUAUGAUGAAUCCUGUGAUAUUUGGAGUUUGGGUAUAUUAUUAUAUACAAUGUUAGCUGGAACGACACCAUUUUCUUUUGAUCGAAACGAUACCAACGAUUUGAUAUUAUAUCGUAUUACGAAUGCAAAAUUAUCUUUUAAAGGACCAAAUUGGGAUAAAGUAUCACCGAAUGCAAAAGCUCUAGUAUCAUCAAUGCUUGAUAUUGAUCCGAAAAAAAGACCAACAGCACAUGAUAUAUUAAAUCAUAGCUGGCUCUCUAAUUUGGACAGAUUACCAGACCAAAAAUUAACAAUACCAGAUUGUAAACUUGUGCGGCACAAUCUAGAAGCCACAUUUCAUGCUAUCAAUGCUAACCCAAAUAAAUCACUCACACUUGGACCAAUUGAUGGUUCUGGUUUAUUUAAACGUCGUACACAACGGAUAACUCAACAAGCGGAAAAAGUGAAAUAA